AUUACCACUAGUUGUUAUAUUAGACCUGUCAGAACGCAUUUUGUAUUUUACUUUUAUUUAAUUUGUAAAUUAUCAACAAAAUGCAGGAUGUCGUUGCACCAGUUUCUCAUAUUACAUUUGAUAUUGAGAUUGCUCUCAAUAAUCAACUUGGAUCAAUGCCUUUACCCUUCCCUGGAAUGGACAAAUCUGGAGCUGCCAUAUGUACAUUUUUCUUGACCUCAGUAGGAUGUAGUAAGGCAACAGCUUGUCCAUUUAGACACAUAAAAGGGGAGAAAACUGUGGUCUGUAAACAUUGGUUGAGGGGUCUCUGUAAGAAGGGAGAUGACUGUGAGUUCUUGCACGAGUUUGACAUGACAAAGAUGCCUGAAUGCUUCUUUUUCAGUAAAUAUGGACAAUGUAAUAAUAAAGAAUGUCCAUUUCUACACAUUGAUCCUGAACAGAAAGUUAAAGACUGUCCCUGGUAUGACAGAGGAUUCUGUAGACAUGGACCAAAUUGCAAGAACCGUCAUGUGCGAAGGCUGAUAUGUCAAAACUACCUAUGUGGAUUCUGUUUAGAUGGACCAAAAUGUAAAUUCAUGCAUCCUAGUUAUGAUUUGCCAGUACAAGAUGAAAAAACAAAGAAAUUCCACCAGACAGUUACAUGCCACAAUUGUGGGGAGAGUGGUCAUAAGUCCUACCAGUGUCCAAAAAUUACUGCCAACUCUGUACCCAGUGUUGUUUCAACUAGUGCAACUACAAUAGAAAUAAAGCCGGGUGCAACUCGUAUUGGUGCUGGUAUACCAGGAAGUGGAUAUCACUAUGGCAGAGGGGCUUACUCUCACAGGGGACAACCUAGGCUUGGAUUCACUUUUAAACCAGAUAAUGAACCGAACCAGAAUCUUGACUUUGUCACAUGUUUCAAAUGUGGAUUAAAGGGCCACUAUGCAAAUAGAUGUCCAAAAGGAGAUCUGGCGUUCCUUAGUUCAUCAAAUGUGCAGCCAGCAUCAUAACUUAGUUUAUUAUCAUUGCUGAUUAUUCGACAUAAAAUAUCAUAAUUCAUAUUGUAAAGAUUGAUUAAUCAAAUUCAUUGUUUAUAGAUACAUUAAUUGUCUGACAUGUUUUGUUAAAGAAAAAAAUAAAAUGAAAUAAAAAUUGAUGGAG